AUGUUUUGUUUUUCAGUCUGGUGUGGGCUUCAUGCAGUAGCUGAUGUCCCACAAGAAGUUGAGGCAACAUGUAAUGAAGAUGCUUUUCUCCCUUGUAAGGUUUCCCAGGAUCUACAGCUCACAACCGGAACAGUCUCCUGGUAUAAGAUUGAUGAAAACAACAAAGGACUGAAGGAUGUGGAAUAUAAUAAAGAACAUUCACAUUCAAGAGGAUUUAACGACUCCUUAGAGAUUUCUAAUGGCACCUGGCAUUUUCUGAAGAUUAAACAUGCUACACACUUCAAUAGUGGAACUUAUAAAUGUAUCUUACAGGCACCAGUUAGAGAAUACAACCAAAGUACAAUUAUACUCAGAGUAAUAGGCUGUCCAGAGGAAUUGCAAAACCUGAAACUCAAAAAAUACACAACAGAACUUGUCCUGCUGAGCUCUAUUGGGAGCUUCUAUUUGUUACUUAUCAUCCUUACUUGUACAUGCAUAAAAGAGAGAAGAUCUGAUCAUCAUAGAUCUGAAAAGCAAACUCUACCUUUAUAGUACCGGUUGAAAGAAUGGUUUCUAUUACCCAAUAUUGAACCGCAUUGGUAAACACAAUCUUAUCAGUUAAUUUGGUGGUGCUAUCAAGGCUCUUUCCUGCUGAUUUGAUGGUGCUACAAGAAGCUCAUCAAUAGUACUAUCUCAUCAAAUAGAUAUUGUCACAAUACU